AUGGCGACAGCAGUGACGGGGCAGAAGCGGGCGGCACCCGUGACCGAGCGCGAUGACACCGAAGACAUCCUCAGCAUCAUGCCCCUUGGCGCUGGGCAGGAGGUCGGCCGAUCUUGCCACAUCAUCACCUACAAGGGCUUUACGAUCAUGCUCGACUGUGGCACACAUCCUGCCAAGAGUGGUCUGGCUCAGCUCCCCUAUGUCGAUGAGGUUGACCUUUCACAAGUCGACUUCUGCUUUGUCACCCACUUUCAUGUUGAUCAUUGCGGCGCCCUCCCCUGGCUGCUCUCCAAGACCCCUUUCAAGGGCCGCGUCUUUAUGACCCAUGCCACCAAAGCCGUUUAUCAGUGGAUGCUCACCGACUAUGUGCGAAUCAACGCCACCACCGACGACAACCAACUGUUCUCCGACAAGGACAUUGAAAACACCAUGAAGCGCAUUGAGACUGUCGACUUUGAGCAAACGGUUAUGCUCCGUGGUCUGUCCUUCACCCCGUACUCGGCGGGCCAUGUUCUCGGAGCCUGCAUGUUUGAAAUUGAUAUUGCGGGCGUCAAGCUCUUGUACACGGGAGACUUUUCCCGAGAUGAGGAUCGACAUCUCAUGGCCGCCAGUAUUCCGCCUAUCAAGCCCGACAUUCUUAUUGCAGAAUCCACUCUUGGCGACCUGGAGCACGAAAACCGUCAGGAUCGCGAGCGUCGCUUCACAAAAGAAGUUCACACGAUUGUACAACGCGGUGGCCGCUGCCUCAUUCCUGUUUUCGCCCUCGGACGCGCCCAGGAGCUUCUCUUAAUCCUUGACGAAUAUUGGCAGCAACAUCCCGAACUGCACAACGUGCCCAUUUACUAUGCCUCUGCUUUGGCCAAACGCUGCAUGGGCGUCUUCAAAGCUUUUGUCAACAUGAUGAACCCCAAGAUUCAGCAGCAGAUGAAGAUUUCAAACCCCUUUCAGUUUCAGUUCAUUCACAACCUCCGAAAACUCGACGAGUUUGACGACCACGGCUCCUCGGUGGUGCUGGCCACGCCUGGCAUGCUACAAAAUGGGCUGUCCCGCGAGCUCUUUGAGCGCUGGGCGCCCAAUCGUCACAACGGCGUGAUUCUGGCGGGUUAUCACGUAGAAGGCACACUGGCCCAUGAACUUCUCAAACAACCUCGACAGAUUCGCUCGAUGGCAGGGGGCACGGUGCCCCGCAACUGCACCAUUGCUAACAUCUCUUUCAAUGCCCAUGUGGACUCGAUUCAAAAUCGUGAUUUCAUUGGCGAGCUUGAGCCUCAACACUUGGUGCUGGUCCACGGCCAAGAAUCCCAAAUGCGCAAGCUCAAAGAAUCAGUGCUCAAGGACUUUGAGCAGCGAGACCGUCUCAUCUCCGUGUACAACCCCAAAAAUACCGAGAAGCAGCUCUUUCACUACCGUGGCGAAAAGAACGCCAAGGUGCUGGGCAAGCUGGCUCGCGAGUUUGCCGCUGGGUCGCGUCGAAUCUCCGGCGUACUCGUCUCCAAGGCCUUUGAUUACAAGAUCAUGCACCCCGAUGAACUAGCCGAAUUUACACAGCUGCGCGUGGCGCGCAUUCGUCAACGCCAGACUCUACCCUUCCAAUACGACCUGCGCCUUCUCAAGGUCAUGCUCGAGCAGUUUAUGGGCUGCAUCGGCGUCUCACACCAAGCUGAUGCCAAGACCAUCCGCCUAGAGUGGGACGCUUCCCCAGAAAGCGACAUGUGGGCCGAAGCCAUUAUUUCGGCUGCAUUGCAAGUUGAGGCUUCUCCAGCCACCAUCCGACUGGCGUCCGCGCAGCUUAAGCAUGCUAAGGAAGUGGAAUCAAACACUUCCCAAGCUAGCACCCUGUGCCGUUUGCUUUCCGACUACUUUGGGAGCUCUACGGUGGUUCGCGAUUCGGACUCGACGCUGCGCGUCACGGUGGACCAAGCUGUGGCCACCAUCAGCAUGCCCUCAUUCCGGAUGAAGCCGCCAUCUCAAAAGAAGCGAUCAAACCUGAAAAACUCGAACCUGUGA